AUGCAACAAAAGCUUGACGGCAGAUACAUCCUUGGUCUGAUCUUUGUUUUGGCUUGUUUCUUGACCAUCACCACUGCAGACAACACCAGACGACAUCCACACAACAUGGUUCACAUCUUGAAGAACCCAGACGGAACCGUAAACUUUGACGCUGUCAAGAAGGAGACCAACUUCUUGAAAGGAAAGUACGCACAAAAUGCCGAGAACGCAAAGAAGAACUUGGCGGCGGCUGAAAAGGAGCAAAGUGAACAGCCUUCUCACAACGACGACGGCGCUCAAUCUGCAUCAAGCGGCGACAUCGUCCCUCCCAAGGCCGAGGGUCCCAAGUAG